AUGUCACGCUCCCGGUUUCCUCCUACGCCCUCCAUGUCUGGAGAGUUCAUAAUCAAAGACCAGACAGCCGUCGAUGGUUCAGAUUGCUUUGCUCUCCCUCCUGCUGCCCUAAGUCCGUCCAAAAUGGAUGCUGCCAGUCGAAGGCCAUCAAAGUCGGGCAAUUCAGUCUUCUUUCCUGCGUCUCCCACAUCACCAAGGCUGGAACCGAGCCGCAAUGCGAGUUCAUCCACUCAGGCUGGUCUCAAGAGACCGCUGGACGAUCUAGACCUCCCUCCACCUCCUACCCGCACCCGCAAGAUCAUUCAAAUGAAGCCUAAGACCCAGACAUCGCCGAAGCCUAUUGCUGCAUCAGCCAAGCCCGCCACAAAAGGGAACACAAAGGCAGCCGCAAAUGGCACUGCACAGGGAGGCUCGAAGAAGAAGCAACCGAGUGCCACCAGCGCAGCCGGUCGAAAGAUUGCUAGGAAAACUGCUCACAGCUUGAUCGAACGGCGGCGGCGGUCUAAGAUGAAUGAGGAGUUUGCAACACUCAAGAAUAUGAUUCCAGCCUGUCAAGGGCAAGAGAUGCAUAAACUUGCCAUUCUGCAGGCCAGCAUUGACUACGUCAAUUACCUCGAGAAAUGCAUCCAAGACCUGAAAGUGCCUGGUGGCAAAAAGCCGGUUCCACCUACUCUCCCUUCCGCUCCUCUCUCACCAACAUCUCCAGAGUUCAUUGGGGAACUGGGCCACACGUACUCUACGUCAGUGUCGCCCGAAGUACAUCCUGAUGGUUUUGCUGCCAGCACCUCCCCGAUGUACUCCCCGAGGAGCAGGUUCCCAUCAACCAGCGCGCUGUCAGAGAUUCCUCCAUCCAUACUGCCCAGUCCUGCACUAGGCCCCGUCCGCCCCAAUGAGCGCUCGAUUGAUUCUGCACGUAGCUCAUGGGCAUUACCUUCUUCUACAACCUCACCUGCAAUUCAACCUCGGUUCUCCAACGGCUCUUCGGCGGAUGUGGACCACGAAGCUUCUGCCGCUCUGCUCAUGCUGAACAGGGAUCCUCGGGGGUCAAUCGACUCCGGCCGUGACAGCUCCGCGACCUCUUCCCUUUCUCGCGACGACGAGGCAUAUAAGCCCCUUGAGCCGCAGCGCAAGAGGAUGAGUGUGAUGGACUUGUUAAUCUCUUAG